ACCACUGCAUUUCUUGUGCAAAACCAACCAAAAGCAAAGCACUAACACAAACAACAACCAUGGCUCGAUCUCACCACAUGUACUUUUUCCUCUCUUUCCUAGUAACCCUAGCAGCCAUUGAAGGCAUGCAUGCAGUUGACUACGUAGUCACCAACACCGCCGGGAACACUCCUGGUGGGGUUCGCUUUAACAACGAUAUUGGAUCUGAGUACAGCAGGCAAACCUUGGUUUCUGCCACGGACUUCAUAUGGAGGCUCUUCCAGCAAAAUGACGCCGCCGAUAGAAAGAACGUGCUGAAAGUGAGCUUGUUUAUCGACGACAUGGAUGGAGUUGCAUAUACUAGCAAUAACGAGAUCCAUGUUAGUGCGAGAUACAUCAACGGCUAUUCAGGUGAUGUGAAAAGGGAGUUCACCGGGGUGCUUUACCAUGAAAUGACACAUGUUUGGCAGUGGAAUGGUAACGGACAGCAGGUCCCCGGAGGACUGAUUGAAGGAAUUGCUGAUUUUUUGAGGUUGAAGGCAGGGUACGCGCCAAGCCACUGGGUGCAGCCUGGACAAGGUGAUCGAUGGGACCAGGGGUACGAUGUUACAGCUCGGUUUCUGGACUAUUGCAAUAGUCUUAAAAAUGGGUUCGUGGCUGAGUUGAACAAGAAAAUGAGGAGUGGUUAUAAUGCUAACUUUUUUGUUGAAUUGCUUGGAAAGUCAGUUGAUCAGCUCUGGAGCGAGUACAAGGCCAAGUAUGGAAAUUAAAAGGGCUGGGACUUAAAAUAAAGUGUAUUUUACAUGAUAAAUAGUGUAUCCUGCAUCAUCAUAUUUGAUGAAAUAAAUAAACUAUCCGAAUAAAUGAAAGUUUACGCCAUGGCUAGCCGCCUGGCUGCUA